AUGGGGGGUGCCCGGAGAGGAAAACUCAACGUCCGUCAUUUCGGCCACCCUUCUGCCCACAAUGCCGCCCCGGGGGACACGGAGUGGAGACGUGGAGAGGCCACCACGCGCUGUGACGGCUCUGCCACGAGUGCCGGUUGCCUUGCCUCGCGGGACUCGCUGUUACGCCCGCCAAAUGCCCGAUGGGCCACGAAAAAGGCCGAGGCCGACUCGCACGGUCCCGAAACCCACCGGCUGUCGGCGGGCAGCCAGCCAGAAGGAGUUCCAGUGGACGAUCGGAAGUGGUUCGCCAGUGAGACGGUUAGCCGAGAGCCCCGGCCGGUUGCGUUGGCGAGGGGAAGGAUCGGGAUGAAAGCGUGGCGAAACUCGGCGUCGGCACGGUGGCGUCACGGCAUCUCUGGGGAUCGCAUGGCUUGGCUCGGCUCCCGACCCGAGCGGAGGCCGAUUGAGAUGCAUCACAGUUGUGAUAAUCCCAUCAUCAGCGCAGCUGACCAGCAGAAGCACCGUUCACACGCCCUCAGGAGGACGGUAUACUAUGUCGUAGUACAGGGAUAUACUCGGGUAAGUAGUGGGCCAUGCGACCGGGGCAUCCCCAUACCUCCAGGCCCUCCGGAUGUUCGCCCACAACUCAUUCCCGAUGAGUCUCUCGGUGUGUCGCACCGCCCCAGACUGGCUAUGCACCACCACGAAAUCGAGGGGAAAUGCGGAGUCUGGAGAACGUCACUUGGCAGCCAGGGUCUUGCAUCAUGCAAGAUAUCUUGCCCAUCAUGUCUGACGGAGCAGUGCCCGUCCUGA